GCGGUCGGAAGUUCAUCAUCGCGUGGAAGAGACUGGCGGAAGUGACAGGGGGAGCCCAUGAAGCUCCAUAUCUUGCCUGAACUGAUGAAAAGAGUCAUGUUGCUUCUCGUCCUACUUGCUGCCGUCCAUGCGGCAGUCGAUGUGACGUUCCAUUCGUUGUGGAGCGCGAGUCCUCUGCACUACGUGACCAUCACAACCAACGACAAAUGGCAAGACAUUCCCGACGCUCAAGUGUACACAUUCCUUCCGCGCCCCACAACUGUACUCGUGUCAUACUCCGUGACGGUAUUUCCAGAGAUUCCUUCCCUGCCGUCGACAGGUGGGUUGGCCAUCAUCGAUGACACGAGGGCUAGAGGAAGCGACGAUCUUCUUGCGUUUCGUGUCGUUGUCGAUGCUUUUCCAGCGCGGCAGUCUGGUGCGUUCACAGGGUAUUUUCAAACAGAAUCGUCUCUUAUCAGCGGGUACUGGGCCACACCACUUGCCUCUGGGAACCAUUCAAUACGCCUACAGUGGAAAAAACUCGGCACUUACGUGGCGAAAUGGUCCAUCAACCCAGACGUUGGCACAGGGUUUUCAGGGGGGUGCUCGCUGGUUGUGGCCGCGCAGCAUUCCGGAAUAUGGUAUUCACAGCCGCUGACAACGAUCGCUGUGACCAAGCCGCUGACGUGGGAACCAGUCAUGACCGUAUCGUUCACGUUGGAGACCGCAAUGGAUGUGCGCGUGUUGUACCAUAUUCCAGCAAAGCCUGACGCGUUGCCCGUCGAAGGAGCUGGAUAUGCAUUGGACGAAAUCGACACCAUCGUCGAAGUAGACGGCGCCCGGUUCCGCGAGUCGAGUGCUAUGCUGUUGACGCAAGCUAAGUUCAGCCAGCCUGGCCUCCUCAUGGGAGACAUCACACUGCCUUUAGCAUCGGGGAAACAUGUCGUGACGGUGAUGUGGCGGCUGACGUCGCCGACCGGGCGGAAAUGGCGGUCCAUCCCUUCGUUCAACGAUGGUUUCAUGAUGGGCCGCCUGCUUGCUGUGAUGGGCGAGACCGUCAAUGACAUCGUUCAAGUGUCGAGGGACCCGACGAUCUAUUCGGGCGUGCCGUCAUCGCUUUGGUUUAAUGUGGGCUCGCCCCAUCGCUUUCACUUGGCCUCUGCAUCGAAUGUUCUUGUGCACUACUUUCUCCCGGUUCAGUUCCUGCGACAUCCAACGUUCUUGAGUUUCAACCAACUGGACGUGGGAGACGUUGCCGCACGGUUGCUCGUGGACAACCAGCCGUACCGUGCCACUGGCAGCACAGUCAGCGGAGCGUCACGAGGAGCUCAAACGGCGGAAGGAUCGAUGGUCCUCCACUUGCAGUCUGGAACCCACGUCAUCCGACUUCAGUGGCAGUACCAACAAGGGUUGGAUGCCCAAGACGUCAUGACGAUUCUGAACCACAUUAGCAAGAACGAUCAGAUCGUGGAACUGACGGUCCAGAUUGAUUCGUGGAUAGACAAUCCCGAGAUCGUCGCGAGAUCGACCGCGUUGACGGGCGUCGAGAAUCAUCCGAUCCCGAUUACUCCACCGGUAUUUAUUCAAGACGCCAGCCCCGACAGUGUCGUCGAAAUCAACUACGCUGUCGUUGUGUCGUUCGUUGCUGCCAAAGGAAUCCUUGACGUGCGCAGACCAAGUGAAGGGGUGUCGUUUAUGUCGCCGUCCAUCAUGCAAGGCCGCCUGUCGGACAUCAAUGCAGCGUUGGCCACGCUCAAGUAUAUCCCUCCGUCCAUGUGGUACGGCUCGGACACCAUCACCUUGCGUGUAAACGACGCCAAGCAAUACGAAAUCGAACCAGUCUUUGCUGGAUCCACCGUGAUUGGAGUUACCAUAACCCAUGAUCCCGUGCCUCCCACCCUCGUCGUCCCACUCACUCAAUCAUCUGUGGCUGAGGGCGGCUCUGUCGUCGUUCAAGGUCUGAAAAUUCAGGGGGACUUUAUGUCCGCAACUGACGUUGGCAUGAUCCCGCAAGUGGUGUCCGUGUCGCUGCAGGUGUCUGGAGGGCUGUUGAAUCUUCGAUCGAUCCCGCGCGCCACCGUUGUGUUUACAAUUGGGUCCGGCGCAGGGGAUGCGCGCAUGGCGUUCUAUGGCAACGUGACAGACGUCAACGAGGCACUGGCGACGAUCGAGUACAUCCCCGACGCGGACUUCAACUCGUUGCAGCAUGUCGAGUCGUUGGAAGUGGUCGCGAUGGACGACAAGAGCCAACUCACGACGUCCGCGUCGAUUCCAAUCCAAGUUCUUGAUCGAAAUGACCCGUCCACUGUCGACACUGUCAACCCGACCAUCGUCCUGCGAGGGUAUACCUUGCAGUUUGCUCCGAUAGGUGGUCAAGUGUUUGUGCGACUGCAAGUGCAUUCGCCACUUGGCCGUUUGAGUCUUUCGUCGCCGUCAAAUGCCAUGUUUACCAUCGGCAGUCGCACGGCUCAAUCUCGGGUGCUGAUGUUUCAUGGCCUUGCAAUUGACGUCCAGCAGACGCUCCAGUCGAUGGCUUAUUCCCGACUCAAUGCAUUUUACGGGAACGAACUCAUCUCGGUCGAAUGCAGUUCGUCCGCGACGUUCGACGUGUCAGAGCUGUCGUUCAUUCAGUUGCAGCUGUCCAAGGUUGAGGGAGAUGGAAGAAGAGGUAACCUGGCUCGCUCGUAUCAUGAACGCAUGGAACAGCCAAAUACACUCGAUCACUGA